AUGAACAUCACCGACGACACGCGCAUCCGCGCCGCCGUCCCGACCAUCGAAUACUUGGUCAAGAACGGCGCCAAGGUGUUGGCGUGCUCUCACUUUGGCAGACCGAAGUCUGGCCCGGAAGACAAGUUCCGCUUGACCCCGGUUGGCGCGAGAUUGUCCGAAUUGCUCUCCUGCCCGGUCACCAAGAUCGACGACUGCGUCGGCCCGGAAGUUGAGAAGGCUGUCGCCGGCAUGUCCAACGGCUCCGUGUGCUUGUUGGAAAACACUCGAUUCUACAAGGAAGAAGAAGCCAACGACGCCGGGUUCUCCAAGAAGUUGGCUGGCUCCGCCGAAAUCUUCGUCAACGAUGCUUUCGGUACCGCGCACAGAGCGCACGCCUCCACCGCUGGUGUCACUGGCACCUGCAAGACGAACGUUGCCGGUUUCUUGCUCCAAAAGGAGUUGGACUACCUCGACGGCGCCGUCAAGAACCCGGAGAGACCGUUUUGCGCCAUCGUCGGCGGCUCCAAGGUCUCCUCCAAGAUUGGCGUCAUCGAGUCCCUCUUGGCCAAGUCUGACAAGGUCAUCUUGGGCGGUGGUAUGAUCUUCACCUUCUACAAGGCGUUGGGCAAAUCCGUCGGUGCCUCUUUGGUUGAAGACGACAAGGUUGAACUCGCCAAGACUUUGAUGGCGGAAGCGGAAAAGAAGGGCGUCAAGUUGCUCUUGCCGACUGACGUCGUCGUCGCGGACAAGUUCGCCGCGGAUGCAAACACGAAGGUUGUCUCCGUCGACGCGAUCCCGGAUGGCUGGAUGGGUUUGGAUAUCGGACCGGACUCCGUCGCGUCCUUCCAAAAGGAAUUGAACGAGUGCAAGUCUGUCAUCUGGAACGGUCCGAUGGGCGUGUUUGAAAUGGACGCCUUCGCCAAGGGUACCUUUGCGAUCGCGGACACUUUGGCCAACUUGAACGGUAUCACCAUCAUCGGUGGUGGCGACUCCGUCGCCGCCGUCGAAAAGGCUGGCUUGGCGGACAAGAUGUCCCACAUCUCCACCGGCGGUGGCGCGUCCUUGGAGCUCUUGGAAGGCAAGGUGCUCCCGGGCGUCGCCGCGUUGGACGACAAGUAA